AUGGCACCAACAAUUAUACUGAGUAAUAUAGACUUUGUUAUGGCAAUGAUGCACUGUAAGCAUAUUACAGUUAAUGCUGAUGACAUGAAGCUCAUUCUUGACAUCAGUAUUAUAACUGAGUUGAACUAUUUUAGUCUGAUUGAUGUGUCUGAUUGCUUCAUUUCUGCUAUCUCUGCUUCUGCUGCCAUCACCUGCCAUCUGUAUUCUGUUCCUGCUCCAUCAACUACUGCUGCUGCUCCACCACUACUAUCACUGCCCACCACUGCCUCUCUGCCUUUCCCUGGUGCUGACAGGAUCUCCACCUGUCAAAUAAUGGGUAUUAGAGCCUCUGUCCAGUUCACAAAGCCAGUUCUGGAGGAGCAGGAGAAGAAGAAGGAGGAGAAGAAGAAGGAGUAG